AUGCUGUGCCAGAGGCGCACACAGGUGGUGCUGGCCCUGUGCCUGUUGCUGGUCCUGUGGCAAUGUUUCCGAGCCUCCAUGGAUGGCCUCAGCCCCUUUCCUUGGGCUCCCUCCCUCCUCAAUGCCCCCGCUGCCCACUGCACUGCUGGUGCCAACAGCUCCACAUGGUUCAAUGCCCGCUACAACAUGGCCAUGGGGCCUCUGCUGACAGGCGCAGCCCACGAGCUCUCCUCUGACGUGGUUCAGUGGUGGCUGACCCUGCAGGGUUCCCCAAGUGGCGUCCAGCUCCAGGCCAUAAUUUGGCACCUCUUCACUGUACUCCCGGCCCCGACUGGCAGCAUGUGGGACACAUCUCACUGCAGGACUUGUGCUGUGGUGGGGAACUCGGGGCAGCUGAAGGGGUCUGGCCACGGGCUGCGGAUUGAUGCCCAUGACUGGGUGCUGAGGAUGAACAGAGCAAAGAUCACUGGCUUUGAGCUCGAUGUUGGCAUGAGAACAACCCAUCACUUCAUGUACCCAGAGAGCGCAGUGAAUCUCAGGCCUGGUGUCCACCUCGUCCUUGUCCCCUUCAAGCCACUGGACCUGCAGUGGGUGGCCAGCGCCUUCUCCACUGGAGAGCUCACGCACACUUACGUGAAAGUGAAACAGUUCAUCAAAGCUGACAGAAACAAGGUGCUGAUCCUGAGCCCAGCUUUCCUCAAGUACAUCCACGACAACUGGACGCAGCGCCAUGGGCGGUAUCCCUCGACUGGUUUCACAGCCCUGCUUUUCGCCUUGCACACCUGCCAGCAGGUGUCUGUGUUUGGAUUUGGAGCAGACAGUGAAGGGAACUGGCACCACUACUGGGAGAAAAACCGCUGGUCCGGAGCCUUUCGCAGGACGAGGGUCCACGAUGCUGAUGUCGAAUUCAGCCUCAUUGAGAGACUGGCAGCCGAAGGCAGGAUUUUAUUCUACAAAUGA